UAUUUUUCUACAAUGUAGAAAAUAGUAAAUACAAAGAAAAACCCUUGAAUGAGUAGGUGUCCAAACUUUUGACUGGUACUGUAUGUAACACAUGAAAUUCAAGUUCCUCUUUAAGUCAUUGCUAGGUCAACAGUAUGUUUAUUGCACCAGCAUUUCCUUUCUUGCAUAAUUUGUUGACACCAUCUGAAUGAACAAUGAUUGCUGAAUGAAUUUUCAUCUACAAGGUUCUAAAUAAUGUAUACACUGAUGGAAGAAAUCCAAAUGGAUUCCACUCACAAUGUAACACCUGCAAGAUAACAGUCACAUUGCGAUCAUCAAACAAGAUGCACCAGAGGUGUUCCUGACUUUAUCUAAAUAAUGUGACAUGAAUGAACAAAGUCGCUUUUUAUAGCAGCGCUCGGAACAAACGUCCACCUUGUUGUUAAUCUAACUUGUUCAUUAGAGGGGACUUUUUAACAUUCCUAGAAUAUGCAUUGGACCUAAUUCAGUCCAGCUUGAGGUAGAUUUACCUGACGUGAAAGGGAAUGCGGAGUCGUCGCCCAUAGACCGGAUGCGAGCGUGAUGCCCAGGCAAAGCUUUCCGCUGCAGGGACGGAUGCGCUGGCUGUUCCUGGGGCUCGUCCUGCUGCUGGUCCUCUUCCUUUUUGCUUACUUGCUGGAGUGCACUCCCCCAGCUGACGUCAGCCUGGUCCUGCCUGGCUUGGGAGGGGAGUCCUAUGGGAAGGAGUACUACAAGGCCCUGCUGCAAGAGCAGGAGGAGCACCACCUCAGCCGUGCCGCCAGCCUCAAGCGGCAGAUCGCCCAGCUCAAGCAGGAGCUCCAGCAGAUGAGUGAGAAGCUCAAGGUCCUGCAGGACAGGAAGGAAGGCCUCGGGGUCCAGGGACUGGCUGAGACCAAGGGCCAGGUGCCUGGGGAUCUCCUCGAGUUCCUCCACUCCCAGAUCGACAAAGCCGAGGUGAACACGGGGGCACGGCUGCCCAGCGAGUACGCCCUGGUCCCCUUCGAGAGCUUCAACUCCGGUAAGGUGUAUCAGCUGGAAAUGGGGUUGACCAGGCACCCAGAGGAGAAGCCUGUGCGGAAGGACCGCAGGGACGAGCUGGUCGAGGUCAUUGAGGCGGCCCUGGACGUCAUAAACAACCCAGACGAGGAGGAUGGCCAGGAGGAUGAUGUGCCCAUGCAGAGGCAGAUGUACACUGAGAGCCACUUUACUGAGGGGCUGUACAGAACAGAACGGGACAAAGGCACGCUCUACGAGCUCUUCUUUGCAAAAGAGGACUCCGACAUUUUCCGCCACGUUACUCUUUUCCGUCCAUUCGGUCCUUUAAUGAAAGUCAGGAGCACGUCCGUAGAAACAUCCGGAGUCGUCAUCAAUAUCAUUGUGCCACUGGCGGGCAGAACAGAGGCAUUCUCACAGUUCCUACACAACUUCAGGGAAGUUUGCAUAAAACAUGAUAGGGGAGUGCAUCUUACGGUGGUCUACUUUGGACAAGAGGGCUUACGAGAGGUGAAGUCUUAUUUGGAAAGAAUGUCCAGGGAGGAGAGUUUUUCCAACUACACCCUCAUCCCAGUGGACGAGGAGUUUUCCAGGGGCAGGGGUCUGGACGUCGGAGCCCGCGCCUGGAAGAAGGGUGACGUAUUGAUGUUCUUCUGUGAUGUGGAUAUCUACUUCACACUGGACUAUCUCAACACCUGCCUCCUUCACACCGCUCCAAACAAGAGAGUAUUUUAUCCAGUGGUUUUCAGUUUGUAUAAUCCUGCCAUAGUCUAUGGAAAUCUGGAGCUGGUUCCCCCCAUUGAAAGUCAACUUAUUCACAAGAAAGAUGCUGGAUUCUGGAGAGAUUUUGGCUUUGGAAUGACAUGUCAGUAUCGCUCAGACUUCCUUAAUAUAGGAGGUUUUGACCUGGAAGUGAAAGGUUGGGGUGUGGAAGAUGUCCACUUGUACAGGAAGUACCUGCGGAGCGACCUGAUCGUGACGCGUACGCCAGUAUCUGGCCUCUUCCACCUGUGGCACGAGAAGCAGUGUGCAGACGAGCUGACUCCAGAACAGUAUCGCAUGUGCAUCCAGUCCAAAGCCAUGAAUGAGGCGUCCCACUCCCACCUGGGCAUGCUGGUGUUCCGUGAGGAGAUCGAGAAUCACCUCCGCAAGCAGGCCUAUAAGACCCAGGGCAACACUGAAGACUGAAUUAUGCCUUUUCGCUAGGCGGCCAUCUUAGAUACUCUCUGCAUCAGAACUCCUCUUUUUUUUUUUUUUUUUUUUUUUUUUACAAAUACAAGAACUGAGUUACACAUGCUGUUACUAACAUGAAUAAAAUGCACUAUACAGAAGACCUGUUUGCACAAAAUCCUGUUACAUUUUACAGAUUAGCUAAAGACACGUUUGGGAAUGUGAAGCGUCAACUUAAACAAGACUGAGAAUGACACCACCUGCGUCAACACAAAAAGACUGAUGGAACAUAUUUGAAGUUGGGAAAUUUGCAUGACCUAUCAAGUUAUUAAGGCAAUGUUCUUGCCUGUGAGAUCGAGCAAUCAAUGGACAGUGUUCUUCUUUAAAAAAAUGUAUCCCAAUGAUAACUCUGCCAAAUUUUUUAUGUCAAGAUUGAUUACAAGUUGUACAGUGAUUUAAAGAAAGGGACCUUUGUUUGAAUAGGCUUUGUUGAAAGGGGAAAUAAACACUGCCUCUGACUUAUCAGCAUCGAAAAUGAUUUAUCCUAUCGGUUUUAAUUUUAUUUAUUUGGGAAAUGUACAAACAUGUACAGAUCGGACUGGAUUGUGACUGAAGAAUUAUCACAUUAUUAAUCUUGCCUUUCAUUAAGUUGAACCUUGUAGCCACUCAAUGAUGUGGUCAAUCUUAAAUGGAAUGUAUAAAUUGUUUUAUUGGUUUUCAGCCACGGAUUGUCAUACUUUGUCUAAAUAUGUGCCUAUUAGCUGGAGAGGGGGUUAAAGAUACUAUCCCUCCUGAGGCCAUUGAUAUUUAUGAGACUUGGGGCUCUUCAAUCUGUAUCACUGAAGCGUUACAGGAAAGGUAUUUGCCGAAUGCAGUCUAACACGGGAACAUUGCCUUUAAAUUUCAAUCAGGUUGUAACGCUGCACUUCCGCGAUUAUUAAUUGAAUAAACCCCCAACAAUUGCCCGAUAGAAAUGUAAAGGUAAUUUCCGAUUUAUGCUGACAUAUGAAGUGUUUACCCUUAAUGCAGUCUCCGCAAACAAUGGGUAAAUUGCCUUUACAUUUCAAUCACGCGGUACUUCUGUGAUACAGACUUGGUAGAAGAUAAAGGUUUAAACGUAAUAAUUCCGUGCAGAAGCGUUCCAAAAUAAAUGCACCGGAGCGAAAAUUACGUGAGUGUUGGCAGCAAAGAAAGUUCGCCAUCAAAGUGGAAAAUAAACACAAUCGUAGCGAAUUUCAGAUAAUUACCCAGCAAACACAUAGCGUAACUGUUUUAAUUUCAUUCUAUACAUUUAAAUGUUUUCAGAUCUACAGCCAUUAUUACUUGAUGUCACAUUUUCAAUGCUAAUCCUGUAGAAUCAGCAACCGUGCUGGGCAAAUGAGUGUUUAUUUUCUAAUUGCCACAUUGAAUUAUUACAUUAUCUGUAAUUUUUUCGACCUAGGGUACGGAUUGAAUAGAGCCCUGAAUGUCGGCAGGUACCAUUUAUCUUUAUUGAUAAAACAUUACUUGGAACUACCCAUUGAAGUGUAAAAAAUGUGAUGGUAAUUUAGAUUUGUCCAAAAUUGUAUUAUGUUAGAGCAAGCAAAACAUGUUUGCGAUUAAGUAACAGGGUUGCAUUCAGUAUGACAGAACGGUGUGCAAUGUUGAAUUCAACGAAAACGGUAUUGAAUGACCAGUUGAAAAACUAUGAUCAAGGUGGCCCACCUUUUUGUAUCAAACAUGAGUCAUGACUGCCUUCGAGUUUCUUUUUGUUAAAUGCUUAUUUUGUCAUUAAACAUUGCUCUCCUCCCUCUGUA